GGCUCCGCGUUCUUUCCCGGUCGGGGGGGCCGCGCCCCCUCUUUCCCCUCAACUCGCGCUGCCUCGCGCGACGCCCGUUACUCGACGGACGCCGCGCGGCACCGGCUCGCACCGGCUGCCUGUCCGGAGAGCGCGCGAGCGGCGGGAGGUCCCGGCCGGCCCGGCGGGAAGGGCGCACGCGGGGGGUGGGAUGCGCCGGUGCCGCCGCCGGCGGGUGGGGGAGAAGGGGGCGGGCCCUGAGGGCGAGGGCGCGGUCCCCGGGCGGGCGGGGCCGCGCGCCAGCCCAGUCGGUGCCUCCCUGCCGGCGGCCGCGUCCCGCCCCCCGGGCCGGCGGGGCGCUGAGCGGUGUCUGUGUGCGCAGGUGAGCCCGCUGCGGACCCGGCGGCCGGGCGAGGCGCAGCGCCGCAGUCCCCGGCAGGUGCCGGAGAACGGGCCCGGGGCGGGAGACAUGGAGUCCCGCGGAGACCUCCCGGCGGAUCGGCCCUCGCUCCUUCGGAGUGGGAUAGAGGAGUCCGAGAAGGAGACGGAUGAUGAGGGAGGGAAGACUGCCUGGCAGCAGAGCCUGAAUCCCGAGCUGCAGCAGGGGUACCGCAUCCUGCGCGAGUUCCUCCUGGAGAAGUACCGGCCUCUGACGGCGCCGUUCCUGAAGCCCCUCGCAGAUCAGGCAUUUUUCGGGGAAGAAGGCGCUGGCUCCCUCUCGGGCCGUAAGAGCAGCCAGUCCAUGCAGCAGCUGCCAGCUGGAAUAUGGUUAUUGAAAAUGGAAGAGAAAUUUUCCAGUGGGCAGUAUACAGGGAUAGCAGAUUUCGUGUGUGACUUCAGGCUCAUGCUGGAGACGUGCUAUCGGCUGCACGGUGUAGACCACUGGCUCUCCAAACAGGCCCAGAAGCUGGAGAUGAUGCUGGAGCAGAAGUUGGCGCUACUAUCCCGGCAUUUAAGAGAGAAAACAUCAUUAGCUGUAACAUCUAGAGGAUGCUAUGGGCAGGACGAGGAGAAAACAACAGGAUGCAUUUCUACAAGACGUCGUUCCACACCUCGCAAUUUAGUAGGUUUGUCAACAGGCAUGUUUGAGUCUGUGAUGGUUCAGGUUCUAAGACAAGAGGAGCAACUGAGAGCAAAAGAGGAAAAGAGGCAGAGAGAUCAAGAAAGAAAGGAAGCAGAAGAAGCUAGUCAGAAAGAAAUAGAAGAAUGGGAAAAAUCACUUUUAGCUCAAGCAGCACCUACAAGGAUGGAGACAAUGUGGGAGAUUCCAGCUAUUGGUCAUUUUCUUUGUUUAGCACAACAGAUUUUAAAUUUACCUGAAAUAGUAUUCUAUGAAUUGGAACGUUGUCUUCUGAUGCCUCAGUGCAAUGUUUUUUUAUCGAAAAUAAUGACUUCUUUGUUAAGUCCUCCUCAUCGCAGACCUACAUUGCAUCGCAGGCCUACAUUCUCCUACAGGACUUGGGAAGCAGCACUCAGAAAGAAAGUGCAACACUGGUAUACUGUUGUGGGGCAGACCGACAAUCCUAAUGGUGCUGCAGAAAAACUUGGAUUGUGUCCCCAGUUUUUCAAAGUGCUUGGAGAAGUUAAUCCCUUGGAGGAAAAACCAUUUCAUGAGCUACCAUUCUACCAAAAAGUAUGGCUGCUAAAAGGUCUCUGUGACUUCGUGUAUGAAACACAAAAGGAUGUUCAGGAUGCAGUGCUAGGUCAGCCUAUCCAUGAAUGCAGAGAAGUAAUUCUUGGUUAUGACUGCUUGGAAAAUGCAUACGUUCACUUUCCACAGUUCUGUGGUGCAGAUGUUCGAAUUUACAAACAAAAACCUUUUCAGGCUCCUGAAUUCCCGUCUCUUCCCAUCAAAGUUAGAAAAGUGCCACGUAUUAAAUCAGAAAGAGUAAAACAUGAAUAUGGAAGCAAAAGCAAUGGGGAAGUCAGUUCUGCUGGGACAGAACUGCUGUGUCAUUCCAAGACAGAAGGAGAGAAAACUACAGACAUUGUUAUCUGUCCAGAAAAAAGAACACGUUUAGGUAGCUUUAGAGUCACUACAGAGGAGAUGAAGAUUGAUUGUGAAAUAAAAGCCUCGAGAGUUUGUGACAUCAAAAAACCUGGUUGUUAUAAAGAAAACUUCAGGAAUUUGAUUACUUCAGGAGAGAUUGUUGAUAUAGGUGUUCACCCUAGUUCAGAAGAAAUAACAGACGUGGAGAAUGGACAGAGUUGCACUGAAAUGACCAGAAUAAGAUCUGAGCUGAGUCCGUUCAAGGAGAACACACUGAAAGCUUGCCAAAUGCAUAUCAAUGGCACUUAUAAUGAAAACCAGGGCAGAAAUUACCAUGAAUCUGCUAAAGAAACAGUGCUAGAAACCUUAAUGCAAAAUAAUAAGAAACUAAAUAAGAUGCUGGCAAAAAAGAAGAAAAAGAAAAAAAAGAAGUUGAAAGAUAUUCUAAAUGAAAAUUUACAGAGAAAACUUGAUGACUUGCAAAGAAAGCGUGAGAUUCAUCUUCAUCCAUUCAAAUCAUAUAAAUCUGAAAUCCAGAACAAGUUAUUUAUAAUUAAAAAGAAAGCAAAACAUAAGAAGCACAAGUCUGGAAAAAAAUCGCUAUCUAAAAAAGCAAUCACAAAGAAGAGGAAAGGUGUCAGAAAGUCUACCAUACCGGAAUUUCAGCUUAUUUGCACUAAUCUUGAUGAACUCAGGGAAUUAAUCACAAAGAUUGAGAAUGAACUCAAAGAUCUGGAGGACAUUAAAAAGAAAUCGGGAAGAUGGUACCACCGGAAGCAAGCAGUAAAGGAAUUGCAUGGUACGUUGUUACGACUGCUUAAUGAACUGUUACCAUGGGAACCAAAGCUAAUUAAAGCAUUUCAAAGAAACAGGUCUAGAUUGAAGAAGAACUAUGAUGACUUUAAAAGACAUCCAGACCAUGAUAAAUUUACCAGAGAAUUGUGGAGUAAUGAUGAAAGUGAAGCUGAUUCUGGCAAAGAAUCUUUUGCAGUAGUAUGUGGUAAAUCAUCAGAGUCUGCAGAACAUACAGAAGUUCCCAAAAAAGAUCACUCAGACAAUGAUGAGAUGAAACUAUUAGAGAUGAAUUUACCUGCAGGAAAAAACAGAAUUCUGAAAAAAGAAUCAGCUUCUAAAGAGAUACAGAAGACACUGCCCAAAUGCAUUAAGCGACAAUUCAAGCAAAAUAGUUGUCUGGAUCAAGGCACAAAUGAGCUUUCACCAAGGAAGAAAGCUAAGCUGAGCACUGACGAGGUUGUGGUCCAGAGUUCAGAUAGUAACCUGCAGUCAGAUAGUUGCUCGACUGAGCUGAAACAAUUUGAAGGGUCAACUCAAGAGUUACUUUCCUUGACAGAUCCUGCAACAUCAGUAUCAAACUUUCUGAAAGGGACCAAACCCAUCCAGGCCUUGCUUGCCAAGAAUACUGGGAACAAAGUGACCUUAACAAAUCAACUGUUGCCUCCUGCAGGCAUGAACAUACCUACUCCUGAAAAGUCAGUUUUACCAGCUUUGGAAUCAUCACUGAUCAAACCAGCAUUGACCUGCCAGGCCAGUUCAAAGACUCCUUUACAAAUGGUAUACAAAAUGCCAAAUGGCCACUGUGUACCAAUAGACGUUCCCAACAGCUCAGUGAAAAUUCAAAUGCAAGCUAUGAUUGACCCUAAAAAUGGAGAAAAAGUCAUGCAACAAGUUCUUAUUUUACCUAAGAAUUUUCUUCUUCAGCAGAGGGAAGAAAAAAUUGUGUCCAAGGAUAUUCAGUCACAACAACAAAAAUCAUUUGAGGUGCACUGUACAUCUUUACCAAAAAUGUCAAACAUCAGUGUUUCUUUAACACCUGUUCUGGUAACAGGCCCUGCAGAUGCCACUCAGUCAUCCACUACAGUUUUUUCCAAGAAUACUACCCACUCAUCACAAGUGACUAGUCCAAUGAACACUACACAACCAUUGCCGAAUGUAACUUCAGCAGAUAACUUAUCAAUAAUUAAGGUAAGCCAAAGUGAGAAGGACAAAAUCAAGACUACAGUUUCGACUGCUACAUUGCCUGUGUCUUUGGCUUCACCUACUCUUUCCACAGCUAGCCAAUCCUUGACACCAGCAACAGCAUUAAAUGCAUCUACAAAUGCUGAUUCUGCCUCUAAUAGUCUUGAAUCACAGCAGCAAACCAACUCCCCUGAAACAAAGCAAGAGCUAAAGACAGUGUGUGUAAGAGAAUCACAAUCUAUUCUGGUCACAACACGAGGUGGAAACACUGGAAUUGUUAAAGUGCAAACAAACCGAGACCAGAUUUCACCCAGUAGUUUAUGUCCUACUUCAGUUUUCACUUAUGCAUCUCAACUUCAGGCCUUCCUUGUGCCAAAAACCACAGCAGUAUCAUGCUCUAGUUUUGCAUCUGUAGCAACAGCCACAUCUGGUCUCCCACAUGUUGGACAAUUAUCUCCUUCUGGAUUUGUCCCCUCAACAGCUUCUGUUAAUGCUCCAGCUUUCCCUGCUGAUUUUACCCAGACAAUGGAGAAAAAUACUAAAUUCACACUACGGCAGCCAGCUGUUCGGGAUUCUUCAUGUCAGGCAAGAGAGAAGUCCUGCCAUGUGUCUUCUUCUUUAUCAUCCAUUCCAUUAGCUACCAAUUUGGUGUCUCCAACUCCAAACAGCCCUGUUAGUGUCACUAGCAUUGGACAAACUAAUGUCAAAACUCCAUAUUAUUCUGUGCACCAUCAAGGGGACACCAAAGCGAAAACAAAAUCUGUUACACAAUCUGAAUCAAAUUCUGCAACAAAUGGAGAGUUAAUCAGUGGUGCUCCAGUCCAGAAAUUUACAUUAUUCACAAAUCCACCCAUUUUAUCUCCCUCUGGGGCAUCAGGGGUCAGUAUUAUACCCUGUCCAGCAUCCACUGCUGCUAAUGCUCAGAAGCUGGUUUUCAUUAACACACAAAUUGCCAAUGGCCCAUCAACCACCAAUCUAGUUGCAGAGUCAUUGAAACAGAACCUUCCUUCUUCCCUAACCAAAACCUUUGUUAAUGCCACAGAGCAACCACAGUUGGUUUUGAUCCCAUCUACAGUAGGAGCACCAAUAAGAAUAAACUCAUCACCAACUAUUGCUCAAGUAAAAGAUGUGAAAAUUGGACUAAAUAUAGGUCAGACCAUUGUAAAUACUAAAGGCAGUGCACAGGAGGCCCUACCAGUUAAUAUAUUGCACGCUGGCAUUUCUAAAGGAGAAGACAAAAAGAGGACAGCCUUAGGCCCAUCCUUGACAAGUAGUACUGUGGUUCCUGUUCCAAGUUUUGCUGUGUCAGCUAAUAAAUCUGUAUGUGUUCCAACAGAAGCUGAAAACACCGUUACAAUAACAACAGCAAAUGCACGAAUAGAAUCUGUUUCAGUAACAUCAAGUGGAACUUCUUCUGGGACCCAGUCUACUGUCUUGACUGGUGGCAAUGAUCCCUCAAGAAUAAGGCCGGUUCUGUGUAAUCAGAUUUGCACAUCAAAUAUUGGAAAUACUGUGGGUGUGUCAACUGUGAAAACAGGACAUCUUGCUUCAUCCGUGCUGAUUUCAACACAGCCAACAGUAUCUCCGCAAGACUUAGGAUCUGCUCUGCAAUUUCCAGUUAUUAGUUUGCCUGGACCUGCAGCCACCCCCCACAAGGUGUUACAUACAGUUCCUCAGUUGGCAGCAGUUCCAGCUCCUUUUCCAUUACCAAAAAGACAGUUGCCCACACUGGUUCAGUUUCAGUCAUCAGGAAUGUCAGCUGCUGUGUCAAGUCAUGCAAGUAUUCACAAACCUCAGAGUGUGUUGCCCCCACCAUCACCAAAUACAGGUGAAGUAAUUAGUUUUCCCAAUCUUUCUGCCCUACAAUGUCAGCAGGUGCCUCCCAGUACAGAGAAAGAAAGUCAUGAUUACACUUGUGCUUCUACUGUUCAGAUGUCUGAGGCUUCACCCCCUGUAACAAGCAAAACAGGAGGAGUUCCAUUGAAUGAACCUUCCACUCAACAGAAAAUAGUCAUUAAUACUUGUAUGCCUUUGGCACCUGGAACUCAGAUAAUGAUUAAUGGUACUCGUUUUGUUGUUCCACUACAAGGCCUUGGAGCUGGCAGCCAUGUUCUUCUUCUCUCCUGUAAUACAAAACAGACUCCUUUAACAAUUAACCAUCGUCAAGAACCUCAAGGUGUACCAGCUGUUAAUCCAAUAACCUCAAAAAUCAUCCUAGCACCAAGUAAUUCAUUAAGUUGGCAAAUACCAAAACAUCCUUUGAGAAGUUCUACAAAAAUUGUGAACUCUUUUGGAGCUGCAGAUGCUUUACCCAUUGUACAUGCAACACCGCAGAUAUUUAGUACUCCAGCUAGCUCAUGUACUCCACUGUCUGCAGUAACUCUGUCUGUGUCUUCAGUGACAAAGUCUCCCAUUAAUGUAGCUACAUCUUCUGUUUCUGCUGUUCAUCCUCCAAAUUCUCAUUUACCAAGCAACACAUCAGUGUUUCAGCUAGACAGUUCUAUCAAAAAACUGUUGGUCAGUCCAGAGGGAGCCAUACUGAAUGCUCUAAAUACUUCAGCACCAAAAGUUCCUCCCCUGUCUUCAUCACUGCUUCCUGUUGUUGUUUCCACAAGCAGAAAUCCUACUGUGGUCUUCCCUGCAUCUCAGUCAUCUUGCCUUGAUAAACCUGACAAAGCUGCAUCUUGAAUUUACUGCGAAUGAGCCACUUUGAAAUUCUGGGGCAUUCUUUGAACUUUGGAAGUUGUAACUAUUGAAUAAUUUCUUACAAUGUUUUAAACAGUUGAUUUACUCAAUAUUAACAAGGUUACAGUUCUUACCUGUUUACCUGUGGGGAUUUGGAGAAAGAAAAAUUUUAGUUUGUCAGAAGUUUUCAGAGAGUUCUCUAGUAAAAGGCUCAGAAAUGACCAAUGAAUUCAUUAAACAAUUUGGAGAAAUCUUGCCUUUUGCACAUGUUCCAUCUUACUCUAUGGACUGUUUGCCAGUGUGGUUAUGACAGUAUAUAUGUCCUUCUUAUUUGUCAAAUUUAUUUUUGACGUGUUUCUUUAAAAAAAAUUAUGCAUUGUAAACAUGCAGUCUAUAGUAUAGAAUUGUACAUAUUCCUGAACUCCUAAAAACCUGAACUAAACAAUAUGUACAAAGAACUAUGCUGUCUUAUUUAUGUUUUGUUUACAUAAUGUAUAGUUUUUUAAGUAUUUUAGUAACUUUGGACCAGUGUACUGUUUAGCAACAAUGCAGAAGAAUCUGCAUGUAAUAAAUCAAGUUGCUGUACUGCUUUGUGUUGGCAGUAGUUAAAAAUGUGUGUAUCUGUUACACCAUGGGAGAAUACAUACAUACAUACAUACAUACAUACAUACAUAUGUGUGUGUGUUUGUGUGUGUGUAUAUAUAUGUAUCUACAUAUAUAUGUGUGUGUGUGUAUAUAUAUGUAUAUAUAUAUAUAUGUAUCUUUCUUUUGGUGUGUGGUAGAAUGAAAUUAUUUAGUUCCUUCUGUUCUUCUCUGAUUUUACAUUUCAUGUGAUUUGACAGGAUUUGGAAGGAAGGCCUCCUUAUUGUUCCUCAUGAUUUAGGGCAGGAUAACCCAUACUUCAUCCAUUCUUAAUGGUUUGGUUAUGUUGCCUAAAUAACUCCAGUGAAAUGAUGAAGACAAUGAAGUUUGGAGUUCUCAUACCAACAUGGAAGAACUGGGAAUAGAAUUCUUGGUCUCCUGACUCCUUCCAGC